CAGACCAAAACCGACACAACAAACAGUGGUGACUCAGUUGAUUAGAGAAAAAAAAAAAAAAAAAACAGUAGUGACUCAGCAAGUCUAGCAAAAUCCCACAUUUCCUUUUCUGUUCUUCAGUUUCUCUCUCUCUCUCUCUCUCUCUCUCUCUCUCUCUCUCUCUCUCUCUUUCCUCUCUUGUUGCAAAUUCACGAGUGUUUCUAGUUGACGAUGGGUGAUGCAACUUUCGAAGAGAAUCAUAAUCAGAAUCAGAAUCAAACAAGCAGUCUUGUUUUGGACAUUUAUCCUCUGAGCAGCUACUACUUUGGAUCCAAAGAGGCUCUUCCCUUAAAGGAUGAGAAUUUGGCCGAUCGUCUUCUCAGGAUGAAAUCCAACUAUUCUGCCCGUGGAUUGAGGGCAUGUGUGGAAGCUGUUAUUCUGGUGGAGUUGUUUAAACAUCCUCAUUUGCUGCUCUUACAAGUAAGAAACUCCAUCUUUAAGCUUCCUGGCGGUCGAUUAAGACCCGGGGAAUCAGAUAUCGAUGGGUUGAAACGAAAGUUGUCGAGAAAACUUUCAGCAAAUGAAAAUAGUGGUGGGGUAGAUUGGGAGGUGGGAGAAUGCCUUGGAAAGUGGUGGAGGCCUGAUUUCGAAACAUUGCUCUAUCCCUACUUGUCACCUAAUGUUAAAAGGCCUAAGGAAUGCACAAAACUUUACCUCGUGAAGUUACCGGAAAGUCGAAAGUUCAUUGUGCCGAAAGACCUAAAAUUGCUUGCCGUUCCGUUAUGCCAGGUUCACGAAAAUCAUAAGACAUAUGGAUCCAUCAUAUCAGGUGUUCCACAGCUACUAUCCAAGUUCUCCUUCAACAUUAUAGAAAACUAAUUAGACCAAUACCGUGUGAUGAGUAUACAAGGAUCUGCAAUAAGAUUGUGAACUAUAAAUGCUUUUUUUUAAUACCUUGGACGUCUUAUUCCACAAAUCUUGAUAUUUACACUUGUAUAUUAGUUUGCUUUGUAUGGCAAUUGACAGCUUCAGAUUUGUACCAGUGAACAACAUUACAGUAAAGGUUUUCUUUAUACAA